UCUCUCUCUCUCUCCCUCCCUCCUGCGGCACGCCCUUUGCUGCCUCGCUUUUCUACUUCCCCCCUGCCGUGCCACGUGCUCGCCGCGCCGAUGUCAAUGCCGUCGCUCGAGUUUCUGGCCAUCGGUGCCGCCCGGUCACCGGGGGCUCUCUGGUCCGGCCACUCGAUUUGGACCUACGGCUGCCACAAUUCCGUGGCCAUCUGCCUGCCGGAUGACCCUCCGCACAAUCGCGCGGUCGCCACGCUGGUUGGGCAUCAGGGCGUCGUGACCGGGGUGGCCGGCAUCACCGUGGCCGGCCUCGAUCGGGCGCUGGUUUCCGGCGGCCAGGAUGGGCUCCUGUGUGUCUGGGUGCCGGCUGAUUGGCAGGCAGCCCGGCUGGUCGGCCUGCCGGAUCCCCGCGGCGCCUGGCGCCUGGUGGCCACCAUUCGCACCGCCUCCGCGGUGUUGGCACUUUCUUGCCUGGACUUGGGCCCCUCGACCGGGGACGAGAUCACCACACCACCGGCCAGCCUCGACCCCGGGGCCGGGCCCUUUGCGGCGCAUGCCGCCAUCAACCGGGAGUAUGCCGGGCCGCGGGAUCUGCUUGUGGCGGCCGCCGGGGCCGAUGGCGAGCUGACCCUGCAUGAGGUCCACGUGCCGGGGUUCUUUUCCGAAGCGUCGGCCAUGUGUCGCGAGGUGGCCAUGCCGGCGCUUGGCCGCGGUCCGGCCCAUUCCCUGGCCAUGUCCCGGCUCCCGACCGCCUCGUCCCCCGGCCGUGGGGAUAUCCUGCUGGCCGCCGGUCUGUCCGAUGCUACGAUCGGCCUGUGGACCAUCUGCCUGCCGGCCUUCGAGGCCGCCCGGGUGGCCACCAUCGACGGCCACACUGAUUGGGUUGGCGGGCUCUCCUUCUGCCACAGUCCGGCAGUCGACACGGCCGGCGCGCCAUCCCUGUGGCUGGCGUCGGCAUCAUUCGACCACUCGAUCCGUCUGUGGAGUGUGCAGCUGAAGUCCCUCAGCCCGGAGGUCGGUACCUCGGCCGGUGACGGCGAGAAUGUGGCCGACUCCAUGGAGACCAUCCAGUCACGCAUCCGCGCCCUGAUGGACAAGCAUGAGACAUGCGCUUUCGAUUUGCCGGCACUCGUGUUGUCCAAGGCGGACGACGGCCCCGGCCCUGGGCGGGCCACCUACUCGGUGGCCUUCGAGGCACUGCUCCUCGGUCAUGAGGACCCCGUGCAUACGGUUUGCUGGGAGCCCACCGGCCAGACGGAGGACCUGGCCAUUGGGCGCCCCCGGGGGCCACUCGGGGCCGAGGCCGCCCGGCCGGUGCCCCCAGCCCGCGGGCUGCUCACCUGCUCGAUGGACCGGACGGUGCGCGUGUGGCGCGGGGUGUCCGCCUCGGCCGGGCGCCUUGCUGAUGACCUCCUCUGGCUGGAGCAGGCCUGUCUCGGGGAGUCCGGCUCGACGGACCACAACCGCGGCUUCACCGCGGCCGCUUGGCUGGUCGGCGGUCCGCACGCACAGGCCAUCGCCAUCGGGCACAAUGGCAACCUCCGGUCGUGGUACCGGCUGGCGGCUGAGGACCUGGAAGCCGAGGGGGCCGACCCGGCCCAUGCUGGGCUGCUGCCCGAGUGCUGGGCCUCGCAGCCCGUGUGCAGUGGUCAUACCGGCCCGGCGACCGAUUGCGCGUGGGAUCCCCACCGAUCGCACGGGGCCGGCCCCGGGCGGUACUUACUCACGGCCGGGGAGGACCACACGGCCCGGGUGUUCGGCCGGUGGCGCCCAGACCCGGAUGUCCCGGCCGCCACGGAGCCGGGCCACUACUAUGAAUUGUGCCGGCCUCAGCUGCAUGGUCACCCCUUGGCGGCGAUCGCCUUCGGCCAGCAGGCACAUACGUAUGCAUGUGCCGCGGCCGGGGAGAAGGCCGCGCGCAUCAUGGCCGCCCCGCCGCGCCUGCGCGCCUCCAUGUCCCUGAUCACCGGGCAUGCGCUCAUGGCCCCGGAGGACCUGGCCGCCGUGGAGUUCUCCGCGGCCGCCGAUGUCCAGGUCGAGGCGCUGGGCCUGUCCAACCGCAUGACCGCCGCCUCAAACCGCCCGGCUGACCAUGUGGCGGAAUCGACCGCUGAUGAGGAUGCUCGCGCCGAGUGGGCCAUCCCCCCGACUGAGGACUGUCUGAUCCUCGGAACCCUGUGGGUGGAGGAGCAUAAGCUGUAUGGGCAUCCCUUCGAGCUGAACACCAUUGCCUCCAGCGCGGAUGCCGACCUCCCGGAUGAGGACCAGGCCCCGGGGCAGCCGACGCCCGGUCUGCCGGCGCUGCUGGCCACCGCGGCCCAAGCUUCCUCCGGGCGUGACGCCGGCAUCCGGCUUUGGUCGAUGACCUCGUGGCGGCCGAUUCCGCUGCGGUACCAAGCGACCCCAGGCGCGGUGGAUGUUGCCGGCGCAGUGUCGCUGCCAGUGCACGGGCUGACCGUGACACAGAUGGCCUUUGCCCCGGCCGGGCCUGCUGGGUCCGGGGCCGGGCCGCGUCUGCUGCUGUCGGUGUCGCGCGAUCGUGGCAUUGCCCUGCAUUCGCUUUGGCCCGAUGAGGGGCCCGCCGGCCCGGGCGAGUCUGUGCCGGACUCCGAGCCGGCCAUUCGCGCGGUGCUGGAGGCCCAUCUGCCCGAGGCGCACCGGCGCAUGAUUUGGGCUUGUGCCUGGCUCCCGCUGACGGCCGGCCCCGGGUCCCUGCCGGCGGGAUUCGUGACCGCCUCACGAGAUGGCGUUCUCCGGGUCUUCCGCCUGGAGGAUACCGGGGCUGACAGCCGGGCCGGGCCGGCCGCGCGAUUCCUCGUCCACCCGACGGACCAGGUGAAGUUCGCCGUGAGCCCGCUCUCGGCGCUGGCCGUGUGCCCGACCCCGGGUCCCGAGCGCCGUUGGCGCAUCGCCCUCGGGCACCAGUCCGGCCGGGUGGCUCUGGUUCAUCUGCAAGCUGACAGCCUGCGUGUGGUUCCCGACGAGCCGGCCACCCUCCCCGGCCAUCUGUGCCCGGGAGACGCCGUGGCCAAGCUGGCCUGGCGGCCGCCGGUUCCCGGGUCCAAGGGUCUGGGCCUUCCGGCCGACGAGCUUGCCUGCGUGGCGGCCGAUGGCUCGGUGCGCGUUUUCGCCUUCUGAUGUGCUCCGCCCAGAGGGAGGAGUUGCAUCCGGGGAAGAUGAAAAAAAUAAAUAUACCACAACAUCCUUCCCACACAAGCAUAUAUAUAUGUAUAUACACACACACACACACAC